CACAAUUAAAAUAUCUUUAGGUAAUAAUACCAGUGUGAUAGAAAGAGAAAAAUAAUGGCCAAAACUGUUCUAUUUGUUUUUGCAUCUGCCCUUAUUUCCCAGGGUGUCCUUAGCCAAUUUACUGGACGCAUCUUUUCUCCUCGUCCUGGUUUCGACAGCCUGGCUUACGAAGGCCUCGGUUACGGAGGUUGGAACGGUCGAGGCAUUUGUGGGGGCGUCCGCGACGAUAUCACCGCAGCAGGCGCUCUUGCCGCAUCCCAGGGUGGUGGACUUGCCGUUGUCACCUCCUCGGCUGCACCUACUGGUCUCGGCGUGACCUCAGAGAGCUCAUACGAGGGUACGGUUUCGAUUUGCGGCAACGCGCCGUUCCUCGGAACUGCUGAUGUUGCUGGCGAGCUUUCCACAAUCGGAGGUGGUGUAGUCAGCUACGAAUGCGGCGACGGAGCUGUUGGUAUAACCACGGAGGGUGGUGUGGGUGUCGCGCCAACCGCUACAAUCGGAUCUGCUAACAUUCCUCCUGCGGUUGGAGCUCCUGUGGGAUACCGAGGCUUUAACCGCGGGUGUGGAUGCGGCUCUAACUACGCCUAUUGA